CCCGUCUCUCUCUCUCUCUCUGGCUGCUGGGAGACACAGGACAGCCAGGCGUCGGUGCCAAGGAAAGGAGAAGGCGUAGACUUCCUCCAAACAUUUCCUCCGCCAUCUCCGCCUGCGAGACUCAAACAAAAAAAAAAAAGAGAGCGAGAGCGAGAGAGAGAGAGAAAGAGAAAAGUUUUCUGGGAUCUUCUGUGAGGGACAGGACUUUCUUUUCCUUUCCUCUCGGUCACCUGGGCGAUCCGACACAGGAGUAUUCCUUUCCUUUUAUCUUUUUUGGAAAUUCCAUAUCCCCUGAGGUCUGGACGUUUUUUCGCAGACAUGGACUGGGGCACAGAUCUGUGGGACCAGUGUGACAUCAUAGACAAACACACGCUGUCGGGCCUCGACCUGGUGGAUCGCUACAUAAAGUUUGUGAAGGAACGGACGGAGAUAGAACAGGGCUACGCCAAGCAACUCAGGAGUCUAUCGAAGAAAUAUGCCAAACGAGGGAGCAAGGAAGAGCAAGACUGCAAAUUCAGCAAUCACGCAUCUUUCCAGGAGAUCCUGAACGAGCUGAACGACUACGCCGGCCAGCGGGAGCUCAUCGCCGAGAACAUGAUGACGGGCAUCUGCGUCGAGCUCACCAAGUAUCUUCAGGACAUCAAAUCAGAGCGGAAAACACACCUGGCGGACGCAAAGAAGGCCCAGCAGAAUUUAGAGGGCAGCUUUAAACACCUAGAAAGUACUAAGAAGCGCUUUGCAAAGGAAUGGGUGGAGGCCGACAAAGCCACGCAACAAGCGGACAAGACGGAAAACGACCUCAAUGCCACCAAGCUCGAUGUCGAGAAAGCCAAGCAGCAUGCCCAUGCCCGCACGCACACGGCGGAGGAGUGCAGGAACGACUACGCAGCCGAGCUCCAGAAGUACAACAAGGAACAGAACAACUUUUACUACACAGAUAUACCACAGAUCUUCAAUAAAAUGCAGGACAUGGAUGAACGGAGGAUCCGGCGGCUGGCGGAGGGAUACUGCCAGUUCUCGGACAUCGAAAAGAAAGUGCUGCCCAUCAUCUCCAAGUGUCUAGAGGGAAUCUCAUCAGCAGGAGUGAAAAUUCAGGAGAAACAGGACUCCUUACUCUUCAUAGAGCAGCACAAGUCUGGCUUUGAGCGACCUGGAGACGUGGAGUUUGAAGACUACACCCAGGGAAUCAAACCAGCGACCUCCGACUCCAGCCUCAACCCGCCCAAAGUGCGCACCAAGCUGUGGCCUUUCAGCAAGAAGCACAAGAUAUCUCAUGCUGAAAAGCACAUGCCGACGGCUACAGAGGAUUUCUCUCACCUUCCUCCGGAGCAGAGGAAAAAGAGGCUGCAAGCGAAGAUCGACGAGAUCGCCAAAGAGCUGCAGAAGGCGCAGGACCAAAGUGAGGCGCUGGACAAGAUGAAGGGCGUGUACGAGCAGAAUCCACAGAUGGGAGACCCGUCCAGUCUGGAGCCUCAGAUCACAGAGACCGCCCAGAACCUCGGACGCCUGAAGGGGGAGAUCGCCAAAUAUGAGUCGUGGCUGUCGGAGGCCGUGGGAGGAGAAGAAUCCUCCAACACCAUCAACAAUAAUAUUCAACACGGCGUUGUAGCAGCUGACCAGACCCACAACAUCUACACAGAGUUUGACGAUGAGUUCGACGACAUAGAAGCUCCCAUUGGCCAGUGCGCGGCUCUCUACACCUUUGAAGGCAACAGCGAGGGCACCAUUUCCAUCACGGAGGGAGAAAUGUUGAAUGUAAUGGAGGAGGAUAAGGGAGACGGGUGGAUGAGAGUCCUCAGAGCCAGUGGAGAGGAGGGAUAUAUACCGUCGUCCUAUGUCAAAGUCAAUCCUUAACACACACACACACUACACACAAACUCACACACACACGCAGUACACAUUUAAAGCUUGUGAUGGAGGCGUGAAUGCAAAGUCAAACCAGAUAAAUGGAGCAGUUCUCCACAUCCUUUGUCUCAGCCUGUGACGUGUACAGUGAGAUGAUUAUAGAGCUUGUUGUCACGGCCGGUCGCCACGUCACACACUUCCUGUCUCUGCUCGCCGCGGCAACAGAGGCCGUGUCCGAAACUCAGACCGCCAGUCCUGUCAGCUCCUUUAUAGAUUUUUUUUUUUUUUAAACCAAACUUCUGAAUGUAUACCUGAACUUUAUUUUGUCACCUUGCUAAAGUGACGACUCGUGCAACGUGUUCAGCUUCACGGCCACUUCUCCUUCACGCUGCUGUUUCUAAUCCCCUGCUGAACUUUUCCUUUUCCCAACUCCAGUCUUCUCCUGAAACCUCUUUCCUGCAGCGAUAAUGUGACUUUUUUUGUUUUUUUUAUCAUAGUGAUGUUUGAUGACUUUGAACUGGAUGAAAACCACUACCCUCUACAGAGUGCACUAAGUAUAAUAUCUCACAGUAAAAGGAUAGACUCACAUUUGACAUUCUUUUAAAUAUCUGUCUUCAAACAAUAUUCAGGUGACCCGUAU